UGAACUUUGAUAUGCUCACUUAGCAUUUUCCGAGGGCUUUUUCAUUGUCAAACACUCCCAAUGCACUAAUACUGAACGUCUGAAAAUCGUCUGAUAAAAAUGGAUCAGUCGGAGUCGUGUUACGAGCUCGCUCUACCUGUGACGGAGAAAAGCAACCCCAUCAGCAGAGGAAUAGACAGAGCAAACACUAAACACAUGCUGCACGUGCUGAAACAGUGUGACGCUGAGAUCUUCCAGAAGGAAAUAAAGCAUGAUACACACUAUCAGAGACUAUAUAGUGCACCUGUCAUCGAAACAAUGGUGGAUGUUGCAAAAAGGGUUGAAAUGAUGCUGAGGAAUCCAGAAGACAAUCUGAUUGUAUUAAGUGGCUGUGGAACAUCAGGUCGUAUUGCAUUUCUUUUGGCGACAUCUUAUAAUGAGAUGCUAAAGAGCCGAAAACAGAAGCAGAUGUGUUUGUACAUCAUAGCUGGAGGUGACAGGGCCCUGCUGACAUCACAGGAGGCUCCAGAGGACGACCCGGCACUCGGAGCUCACAUGUUGGACAAGGUGAACGCAAGAGCAGAGAGAGAGAAAAAAUUGAGCACUGCAGCUAUGUCAAAGGCACCAUUUGUUGCCGGGCAACUGGAUUUUUGUCUGAACCACUUAGACGUCUUUACCCCAGUGCUUCUCGGAUUCAAUCCUGUACCUAUGGCGAGGACUGAGCCAAUGCGGGGUUGCACGUUUCACUUUAAAGACGUCGCAGAGAGGAUGAUUGCAGAGCAGAGACGAGAGAAAGCGUUCAUCCUGAAUCCUGUACUGGGGGCUGAGGCCAUCAGUGGAUCGUACAGAAUGAAAGGAGGCAGUGCAACCAAAAUCAUUCUGGAAACUCUUCUUAUGGCUGGACAUGACGCUGCAUUUAAAGAGAAGAUAAUUACACCUGAAUGUAUAUCGGCCUGGAUCACAGCGAGUGAGAUGGUUUAUGAAACUACUUACUCGCACAGCGAUGAACUUGCAGCACUUAUUCAGAAAGCAGGAGAGAGUCUUCAGAUGAAAGCGCAUGUGUAUUAUCUGGGAUGGCAAACUCUUGGCAUUAUAGGAAUGACUGACGCCAGUGAAUGCAUGCCUACUUUUGGAGCAGAUUUUGGUGACAUCAGAGGUUUUAUCAACAAUGGUUUCAGUCAAAUGAGAAAUAAAGAGGGAGAUCUGUCGUCUCUGGGUCCAGAAUUUAUGAUAAGUCACAGGGAUUUUGUGGAGACAGUGUUACCUGGACUCAGUCCAAAUGACAUGAUCUUAUUUCUGUUUACAGUGAAUGAUGACCUGCGUGAGGUGAUGGAGCUGGCCAAUCAAGCGAGGCGCAGGACAUCUAAUUUGCAUGCAAUUGCUCAUGACCGUGAGAAAUUCACUGUUCCUGAAAGUGUGUGCAGCGUGUUUGAAACCGUCCUGAACAUCACGUGGUCUUUUUCUUCAGAGGAGAACCCAGUUGUAAUGACACAGCGCUGGGAGCUUUCAACCAAAUGGUGUCUUAAUGCAAUCAGCACAGGAGCUCAUGUACUGAAGGGAAAAGUCUACAUGAAUUAUAUGAUAGACCUCAGAGUGACUAACAGCAAGCUGUACAGGAGAGCCAUCAGUAUAUUACAGCGGUUUAGCGGCUCCUCCAGAACAGACUGUGAAAGGGCUCUACUGAGAGUCAUCUACAAUACAGAUGAUCUGACUGAAGAAACGAGACAAGCUGACAUCCACAAACACACAGAUGCAGCCAACAGACGGGAUCAAGUGGUCCCGACGGCUCUGUUGAUGCUCCAGUGUGGCUGUACUCUUGCUGAAGCUCAGGAUCAUUUAGAGGGUCAUCCAGUGAUUCGAGAUGCAGUGAGCGCCUGCUUCAACUCCUCCAAAUACAAGACCACGACAGACUGAACACACAAGUACAACGAAGCAGAACUAUCACACACCUUCAUUCAUACGUCACACAAAUGUACAAUAUUUGGUCCCAAUUUAAAGAUUCGAAUCAGCAUUGAAGAAUGUGUGACUCAGGCUUUUUUUCUACAUAAUUUGCAAAUGUAAUACAUUAUUAAGAAUGAAUUAAUACAUUUUUAUCCAGAUAUAAUUAUAAGUAAAUUCAUUUUGUAUGACAUUGUCAUGAUCACCAGCGAUCUAAAACAACAUAGAUCGCUGGAAGACACCCACAAGCGCUAACGGACUACAAUCCACCAUUUCAUGGACAUGUUUGUCCCUGUAUUGACCACUGCUUACCUGACCUCGCUAUUAAACCUGCAUGUGGAUCCGCGCCUCUGUUGUCAGCAUCACUCUCCAGGUUACAGAGCUAUUGAAUCAUUGACUUCUCCAUCUAAUUCUAGAUGCAUGCCUGCCUCAAAAACAAAUACAACACAAUGAUCCAUAAAUAUUGUACUUAUAUAUCCUUACAUUUAUGCUCUGCAACACAUUUAAUAUUACAUCAAAUACAUAAAUUUGAAAUAAAAUUAUGACCUACAUAUUUCUGAGACUAAACACAUAUAGACUUUUUAAGGAUGGUAAACAAUAACAAUGGUCCUAGCGCAUUUCCUGUUUUAUUU